UUCGUACACUGCUAGUACCCUGCACAAAUCCCAAUUCAGGUCUAUAUUAGAAAGUGAUUAGCUAUAUCUAAAAACAAAAGAAAACAAAACACAAAGUAGAAAUGGAUGAUAUCUUUGUGAAUGUACGUUCCUCUGGGAUAAGUUCUGAUCGAAAAAUCAAUCGCCAAUGGACUGUGAGUCAAUUAAAGACAAAGCUGGUUCCUGUUGUAGGGAUUCCAGAAGUAUAUCAAAUAGUAAAAUAUGAACCUGCUUCUGUUGCUUCUCAACCACAUACAUUUUCGAGCGAGGAAGAAAAUACCAUUUUGUCUCUUCACAAUAUUGAAGAACUAAGUACGAUUAUCAUCGAAGAUACACGCCCUCCUCACUUGCGGCCCAAUUAUGAGGAUCUUUCCGAAGUAGAGAAAUAUGAGAUGUCUCAAGAAGAGUAUGAGCGCCGCGAUGAUUCUGUUUUGGCAUGGAAGAAGCGUAAUCGAUUGGGUCGAUUUGAUCCUGCCUACGAGGAGACAAUGAGCUCAAAGAAGGAUUCUUUGGAGCGAGAGCUAAAGGACUUACAGGUGAAUAUCAAUGCUCGCUGCUGUGCAAGUGGAGAACGGUAUGGAACGAUUCGUUACAUUGGGUUUGUCCCUGAAAUUUCCAAGAGCUCACUUUGGAUCGGCGUCGAAUUUGAUGAGCCUGUAGGAAAGAAUGACGGUUCUGUUCAAGGAAAGCGUUAUUUCACUACAAGGAACAAGCACGGUUCUUUUUUGAAACCUACGGAUGUAGAGGUUGGCGAUUUCCCUGAGGAGGAUAUUUUAGCCGACCUUUAGUUAGGAACUUUAGAUUAUGCAUAUAGAUUUCAGAAGAUUUUGAAUGAAUUUAUGAUGAUACAAAACAUUGUUAGAACAACAUGAAUGUUUCUGCUACAAUUCAAAGACCGAUCCCCAAUACAUUGCUUUUACAAUUAGAAAAACUGUUUCCUACUAUCUGGC